GUCACGACAAAAACAAAAACGAAUCCAAAUAGCCAAAUAGUAAAAUAGCUUAAUAGCUAUUUAAACAACAAAAAAAAUAAGAAAAUAAAAUAAAAUGUUAGGCCGUAAACAAUCGUUACGCCAAACGGUAACAUCCGGUUUGGCAACAACUGCGGCCAAUAUAAUGGGUACUGGUCCACCAGUUGUUAUCGGAAAUCUUGGCGUAAAUGUUGGUCCUGGUGGUGGUUCAAGUAGUCAAGGUAAUACAACUAGUGGACCUGGUGGUGGUAUUGGUAUGAUACAAGAUGGUCCAUCAUCAGGUGUUGGUGGUAUUAUCGGUGGCCUUGGCGGUCUAGGUAUGGCCGGUGAAUUAGAAGAAUGUAUCCGUGCCCGUACACUUUGGUGGGAAUCACAAUUAGUACGACGUUUUAUGCGAUUUUGCGCCUUAUUAUCAUUGGUUUCCGUUUCGAUGAAUACGCCCUAUACAUUUAGCCAAAUGCCCUCAUUAUUAUACAUCACAUUUGUGAUCGAUAUACUCGUUACGUUUGCUUUUUCCAUUGAAUUUAUUUCAAAAGUACGUAUACGUGGUGCACGAACAUAUUUUCAUGAUCGUUGGUCACAAUUCGAUAUAACCAUGUUGAUCUGUUUGAUUUGUUCGUUGAUAUUGCAUAUUUUUGAAAUAACCGGAUAUGUGGAAGAAUUUUCACCAUUGUCAAUGAUACGAGCACCACGGCCAUUAAUAAUGGUCCGUGUUGUACGUGUAUUUUUAUCAUUUUCAAUGCCACGUGCUCGUAUAACGCAGAUAUUUUUACGUUCAUCACAGCAGAUAUAUAAUGUAACAUUGUUCUUUGUAUUUUUCAUGUCAUUAUUCGGUCUACUUGGUGUACAAUUUUUCUCUUCGCUCAAUCAUCAUUGUGUUUUAAUUGAUAAUUAUACGGAAUUCUUUCAACCAUCCAUUCAUAUGUUAGCCAUACCGGAUACAUAUUGUUCGCCUGAAGAUUCACAUGGUCAUCAAUGUCCACCGGAAAUGGUUUGCGUUGAGAUACAUAAUUCAAGCGGUUAUGCUGGAUUUGAUAAUUUAGCACAUGCAUUGUUCACAGUUUACCAGAGUGCCUCACAAGAAGGAUGGUCGCAUGUGAUGUACCAGGCAAUGGACUCACUCGACUUUUUCCGUUCAGCCAUUUAUUUCGUUACGUUAAUAUUUUUUCUGGCCUGGCUAGUCAAAAAUGUGUUCAUUGCCGUCAUCACUGAAACAUUCAAUGAAAUUCGUGUACAAUUUCAACAAAUGUGGGGUGAACGGGCACAAAUUGUUACACAAACCAUACAGCUAGUAUUGGUCGGUGAUGAUAAAUGGAAAUUAGUUCAAUUGACAGAUUCGGAUGCUCGAACACGUGCACCACAUCUGAUACGUCAUUUAUUGGGUACAGCAUCAUUUCAAAUAUUUGUUAUGGUUAUGAUUGUUGUCAAUGCAAUUAUUAAUGCUAGUAUUAAAUUUGAUCAUUCGGGUAAAUCACGUGAUGAUUAUUAUCGUACAAUUUAUCCAUCCGAAGUAUUUUUCACCAUAUUUUUUGAUAUCGAAGUUAUGGCAAAGAUAUGGUGUUAUGGUCUACGUACAUAUGUUCGUCGAUCAUUACAUAAAUUGGAAUUAUUAUUAGCAAUCGGAUCAUCGAUACAUGUAUUACCACCAUUAUAUAUGACAUCGCCAUUAGUUUAUUUUCAAGUAUUACGUAUCGUACGAUUAAUCAAAGCAUCACCAGUGUUGGAAGAUUUUGUUUAUAAAAUAUUUGGACCGGGUAAAAAAUUAGGUUCAUUAAUUAUAUUCACUAUGUGCCUUCUAAUUGUUACAUCAUCAAUAUCAAUGCAAUUAUUUUGUUGUUUUCCUGGUUAUAAUAAAUUUCAAUCAUUUCCCGAGGCAUUCAUGUCAAUGUUUCAGAUUCUUACGCAAGAAGGUUGGACCGAAGUAAUGAAUGAAACAAUAUUACGUUCUGGUGCUAAAAUUGGUCCAUUGGUUGCCAUUUAUUUUAUUCUUUAUCAUCUAUUCGUAUCAUUGAUUGUGUUAUCACUUUUCGUCGCUGUCAUUCUUGAUAAUCUUGAGUUAGAUGAAGAUAUUAAAAAAGUAAAACAAUUAAAAGCAAGAGAACAAUCAGCAGGAUAUAAUGAAGAGCUACCAUUACGAUUACGAUUAUUUGAAUCGUUUCCGGAUUCACCACAGAUGACACGUUUACAUAAACAAGCAAAUGAAUUUAAUAUACCAAAAGUUCGUGAUUCAUUUAUGCGUGCAUUUAUUGAUUCAACAAAUGCAACAUCGACGGUUAUUUCGGCUACGGCUGUACCAUCCGGUGCUGGUACCGUUACAGCAACGGUAACAUCAACAAUAACUGGAACUGGUUUACCAGCUGCUGCAACUGCUACAGGUACUGGAACAUUUGCACAGAAUCUUUCCAAUAGUAAUUUUACAACAUUACCAUCAUCAUCGAUAAUGAUGACAGCCGCUCAAGGUGUUGGUGGUGGUGGUGGUGCUAUAAAUCGUCCAAUGAUAAUGACUGCUGCCGGUAAUCUAACUGCCAGCAACAAACCAAUGUUGCCUUCAUUAUGUUCAUCUGGUGGUACGAGUAUUGGUGGCCUAUUUUUUAGUACACGUAAACAAUCAUCGAUUAAAUUAUUAAGUCCAGUAUCGAAAGGUCGACAUUCCAGUCCAUUAUUACGUCGUGUACAGGUUGCUUGUAUUGUAUCAGAUUCAAAUAAUCAACGUUUAUUGCUCAAUGAUACAUCGGUCGUUGGUAUUCCUGUCGUAUCUGGCGGUGUGGCUAGUGGUGGUGCUGGUACUACAACAGCUACUACUUCCGGUGGUGGUGGUGGUUUCACUAGACAUGGUGUGGGUUCACAUGGUGUCAGUAGCCGUGGUAUGAGAAGAUCUGUACGUGGUAAUCUUAAAGAAGAAGUUGGUACAGAAGAAUCUCAUUCCGGUACUGGAAAUGGACCAUUAGUACGUGGUCAGGAUUUUGAUUUUAAAAUGUUACAACGUAAACAAAAACAAGCAGAAAUGCGUCGUACACAACGAGAAAGUGAUUUACGUGAAAAUCAUCCAUUUUUUGAUACACCAUUAUUGAUUGUGGGACGUGAAUCAAGAUUUCGUAUGAUUUGUCAAAGUAUUGUUAGUGCAAAAUAUGAUCCACAUGUUCGUGAUCCGGUAACUGGUAAAGAACGUAAAAUGCGUUAUAAAGGUGCACAUGAAUUAUUAGGAUUAGUACCAUAUUGUGAUUGGAUAAUGAUUAUCGUAACAACCGUAUCAUGUGCAUCGAUGAUGUGUGAAACGGGUGAACAUCGUAUAACAAAUACACCGAUAUUGGUAAUAGCUGAAUAUACAUUCGUAUUUGCAAUGGCAAUCGAAUUAUUAUUGAAAACAUUAGCAUAUGGUCUUUUAUUUACACCAAAUGCCUAUCUAGCUAAUGUUGCCGGUGUUAUGGAUUUUCUUAUAUUCGGUAUAUCCGUCCUAUUUCUUUGUUUAUUACCGGAACAAGUACCACCACAAUCAUGGCAACAAACAUUAUAUGUGAUGCGUUGUAUACGUCCAUUACGUAUAUUUUCAUUAGUACCACAUAUGCGUAAAGUUGUUUAUGAAUUAUGUAGAGGUGUUAAAGAGAUUGCACUUGUAUCGGUAUUAUUAAUUGUUUUGCUAUUUGUAUUCGCAUCGGUUGGUGUACAUAUGUUUGGUGGCCUAUUGGCACGUUGUAAUGAUCCUUGUAUUAAAACUCGGGAACAAUGUGUCGGUGUUUUUAUGCGACAAGUACACGUGACAAGAAUGAAAUUAGCUAAUCAAAAUGAAAAAAUGCCUUCAAUAUUGGUGCCUAGAGUUUGGGCUAAUCCACGUCGUUUUAAUUUCGAUUCACUUGGCAAUGGAAUAUUAGCUCUAUUUGAAGUAUUAUCAUUUAAAGGCUGGCUUGAUAUUCGUGAUGUCAUCUUAGCACGGCUAACACCAUUACAUGCAAUCUAUAUACAUGUUUUUGUAUUUCUUGGCUGUAUGAUUGGUUUAACAUUAUUUGUUGGUGUUGUUAUUGCUAAUUAUGGUGAAAAUAAAGGUACAGCAUUAUUGACCGUUGAUCAACGUCGUUGGUGUGAUCUAAAAAAACGUUUAAAGAUUGCUCAACCAUUACAUUUACCACCACGUCCUGAUCAUCAUCGUGCACGUGCAAUAAUCUAUGAUAUAACGCAACAUAUCAUAUUUAAACGUACAAUUGCUAUAUUAGUAUUGAUUAAUUCGGCAUUACUAUGUGUUAGUUGGGAUAUUAAUAUGGAACAUACAAAACCAUUGGCUAAUGUUUCAGCUGCAUUAACAUGUGUAUUUGUAUUCGAGGUUUUUAUGAAAAUGAUUGCAUUUACACCACGUGGUUAUUGGCAAUCACGUCGUAAUCGUUAUGAUCUAUUUGUUACUGUACUUGGUGUAUUAUGGUUAAUAUUACAUUUUACAUUUUCGAAUAAAGCUUCCAAUGCAUUUGGUUUUAUUGUGGUUAUAUUACGUUUUUUCACUAUUACCGGUAAACAUGCAACAUUGAAAAUGUUAAUGUUAACUGUUGCCGUAUCCGUUUAUAAAUCAUUUUUCAUUAUAAUGGGCCUAUUUCUAUUGAUAUUAUGUUAUGCAUUAACCGGUGUCAUAUUAUUUGGUUCAGUAAAAUUUGGUGAAAAUAUUUCACGUCAUGCUAAUUUUCGAACUGCAAUAACCGGUGUAAUAACAUUGUUUCGUAUUGUAACUGGUGAAGACUGGAAUAAAAUUAUGCAUGAUGCAAUGUUAUCACCACCAUUUUGUACACCAAGUGGUGAUAAUUUUUGGACAACAGAUUGUGGCAAUUAUUAUGCAUCAUUAGCAUUUUUUUGUUCAUUCUAUGUUUGUAUCACCUAUAUUGUAUUGAAUCUAUUGGUCGCUAUUAUUAUGGAGAAUUUUUCAUUAUUCUAUUCAAAUGAAGAAGAUGCAUUAUUAUCAUAUGCUGAUAUAAGAAAUUUUCAAAAUACAUGGAAUCUAGUCGAUAUACAACAACGUGGAAUGAUACCUGUAUCACGUGUAAAAUUUGUAUUACGUUUACUUAAAGGAAGAUUGGAAGUAGAUCCAAAUAAAGAUCGUUUAUUAUUUAAACAUAUGUGUCAUGAAAUGGAAAGAUUACAUAAUGGUGAAGAUGUUACAUUUCAUGAUGUACUCAAUAUGUUAUCAUAUCGUUCAGUUGAUAUCAGAAAAUCAUUACAAUUAGAAGAAUUACUUGCACGUGAAGAACUUGAAUUUCUUAUUGAAGAAGAAGUUGCCAAACAAACGAUACGUGCAUGGUUAGAUCAAUGCUUACGACGUAUAAAAAAAGAACGACAACAACAAUCAUUGAUACAUUCAUUACGUGCAACAAAUGAACCAUCAAUGGGACAAUCAUCAUUUUUCGGUCUUGGUACUACUGUUACCGAUCUGAAUAAUGAUCCAUAUGGAUUAGGUGGUGAUCAAAUGCAACUUAAACCAUUAGCAGAACAAUUAGCACAUCAACAACAACAAGAUGCAUUAGCACAGGCUAAUCAAACUGAUGAUGAACAAACAAAACGUGAUGAUGCUGCUUAUCAACGAUUAAUGAUAAAAUCACGUUAUGGUGAUGUUAAAAUACCAUCAUUUGGACCAAAAUUUCCAAUGGAUAAUACGGCUGAUGCAAGUAAAUCAUUAUGGGAUCCUGAUGAAUUUGGUGGCAGUAGUGGUACAAAACGUCCACAUGGUUCUGCACAUAAAGCUGAUGUUGUUGCUGCACAUCCACCAACACCCCAUCCACAACCACAUCAACAUAAACGUGUUGAAUUUCGUCAUGUUGAAGAACGAAGUAAACAACAACAAAACCCAUCACCAUCAACAUCUGGUCAAGCAACAAUGAUUACAUCACCCGUAAAUAAAACAUUAUUAACUGCACAUGAUUCUCUAAAUAUUGAUAAAGAUUUAGAAUCUGUACAUCCCAUUAUAUCACCAACAACGCCAACAACAGGAUCAACAUCCAUCCAAUCUACAACUAUAACAACAACAACAGCAACAAAACUUGCAUCAACAUUAGCAAAAGGUAAACAAAUUGAAAAACUUAAAAUACCAUCAUCAGAUCCAAAUGAAACUGAUAUCCAUCAUCAUCCUCAUACUCAUCAACAUUCUGGAUUAUUGAAAACAGCUAUGCAUCAACGCAGUAUAAAGCAAGUAAAAUUACCACCUGCAUCGCCAUCUGAUGGUGAUCAUCAUCAUCAUCGUCCAGAUAAUUCAUUACAACAUGGAAAAGAUGGUACACCAAAGCAUCAAUCAACAACGUCUUCACAACAGCAACAGCAAAUGCCUGUACGUCGUUUUCUUUCAUUGCAUUCAUAUCCACCAACAUCAUUAUCCGGCGAUCAAUCAGCACAGCAACAUCAAAAACCAAUUAAACAGGUUAAUAUUGUAAUACCGGCAACGACAUCAACAACCAAACAGCAAUCUUUACCAUCUAGCCAACAUCAGCAAUUACAAAGUUUAGAUGAAGAAAGUUCCAUUGGAAAUAAUGGCAAAAUAAUUACCGAUCAAGAAUCUGGUCAUUUAAUCGAUAACGAUGAUGAUGAAGCUCAUGAUGAUGGUGAUAGUGAUGAUGAUGAUGAUAAUGAUGGUAGUAAUGGAAAGCAACGACGAAAAUCCAAAACACAAAUUAUAACUGAUUUACAGCAACCAUCAGUUGGUCCAUCAUCGAUGACAUCAACAACAAAUACGGUCACAAUGGCAACAUCAGGUGGUUUACCAUUAUCAUCAUAUUCAACAACAGCAACAAAAACAACAAAAACAACUGACCAAUUUCGAAUGGAUAGUGAUAGUAUUGAAUCGAAUACUGAAUCAACAAGUUUAAAUAUUCAAAAAUCUAAUGUAAAUAUUCAACAACAACAACAUUCAUCAUUAAAAACUACACAACAACCAUCAUCCGUUGUAACGAAAAUGAAUGGAACAAAUAAAAUACGAUCAUCAUCAUCAUCAUCAUCGGGUACAACAAUGAUUCCAGUUACGACAUCAUCAUCAUCAUCAACAACAACAACAAGCGUACAACAGCCAUCAUCAUUACCACCACCACCACCACAAGCGAAUAAUAAUAAAAAAAUUAAUCAAGUUCGUGCACAAAUAUUGGUGAAUGAAGUACAUGAUUGGUGGCUUUUACAUUUGAAUUGAAAUUCUUUUUCUUUUCUUUUUUGAAUACAUUCUGUAAUUAAACAUUUCAUCAUAAUCAAUUUAUACAGUUAUUAUUAUUGUUGUUGUUUUCAUUGUAAAUUAUCCAUGAAACAAGUGUAUUUAAAAAAAAACACACAAUAACACACUCCAGAUAACGAGAGUAAGAGAAAAAAUGUCAAAUUCCA